AUGAGCUCAGCCCUGCAGAUGACAGCGUUUGCUCUCGCUCUUCUCUCAACCCUCUUCCUGCUCCUUGCGACGUGCACCGACUGCUGGAUGGUGAACGCUGAUGACAGCCUGGAGGUGGUGAGCAGAGCAACUAUGUUCAGGGUGAGCAAGUCUUUCUCCUGCUUCCAGAUCAGUCAGAAAUGCCGGGGGCUGUGGAGGGAGUGUGUCACCAACAUGCAGGACGGGGUCAGGACCUGUGACCAGUAUGACUCCAUUUUGGCUGACCAUCCAGUGAAGAUCGUGGUGACAAGGACCCUCCUGAUCACAGCAGACCUCUUGGCUGGGCUGGCUUUGGCUACGUUGCUCCUUGGGCUGGAUUGCAUCAAGUUCCUCAAGGAAGAACCUCGUGUCAAGCUGAGAAUGUGCCACGGGGCUGGCGUCAUCCUUGGCAUUGGGAGCAUCCUGGGGCUCGUGGGCUCUGUGUGGUACGCGGUGGACGUCUACGUGGAGAGGACCAUGCUGGUGUCACACAGCAUAUUCCUGGGAGUGCACUAUGACUUUGGGUGGUCGUGCUGGCUGGGGAUGGCUGGCUCCACGGGCUGCUUCGUGGCAGCCGUGCUGCUGACCUGCUGCCUCUCUGCCUGCACAGACCCCAGCAGCCGCUGGCAACCUCAGGGGCUCCCCCAGCCCCGGCACCGAACAGCCAGCAGCAAGAUGUACGCCCUGGACUCCCGUGUGUGA